CGUCUCCAGCAGUCACUCACCGGCGCCACCAGUACCACCCCCACCCACCCCACCUCCUUCCUCCUUUGCUCCUGCUCGCUCGGCAGCCAUGGCGCGAGCCUCGAGCCUGUCGCUGCUGCUCGCGCUGGUGGUCGCGGCGGCGACGUCGGCGGCGGGGGCCAGGGUGCCGGUGGACGCGGCCGGGAACGCGACGCUGGGCGAGCUCCGCGCGCGGCGGGGGCGGCGGGAGGCGCUCGAGAACGGCCUCGGCAGGACGCCGCAGAUGGGGUGGAACAGCUGGAACCACUUCUACUGCGGGAUCAGCGAGGAGAUCAUCAGGGAGACAGCUGAUGCAUUGAUCAACACCGGUCUGGCCCAAUUGGGCUAUAAAUAUGUUAACAUCGAUGAUUGCUGGGCAGAGUUAAACAGGGAUUACCAGGGUAACAUGGUUCCAAACAAAAGAACAUUCCCCUCUGGCAUCAAGGCGCUUGCAGAUUAUGUGCACGCCAAAGGGUUGAAGCUCGGUAUCUACAGUGAUGCUGGGACACAAACAUGCAGUAACAAAAUGCCAGGAUCGCUCGAUCACGAAGAGCAAGACGUGAAGACUUUUGCAUCUUGGGGAGUUGAUUAUCUGAAGUAUGACAACUGCAAUGAUGCUGGCAGGAGUGUCAACGAAAGAUACACUAGGAUGAGCAACGCCAUGAAGAAAUACGGGCAGAACAUCUUCUUCUCACUCUGUGAAUGGGGAAACGAAAACCCUGCUACAUGGGCACGUGGCAUGGGCGGUAAUAGCUGGAGGACAACUGGCGACAUUGCUGACAACUGGGGCAGCAUGACAUCCCGCGCGGACCAGAAUGACAAAUGGGCCUCCUACGCUGGACCUGGUGGAUGGAACGAUCCUGAUAUGCUUGAAGUUGGAAACGGUGGGAUGUCCGAAGCUGAGUACCGCUCGCACUUCAGCAUCUGGGCACUUGCCAAGGCUCCUCUUCUGAUCGGGUGCGACGUGCGCUCGAUGAGCCCGCAGACAAAGACCAUAAUCAGCAAUCAGGAGGUCAUCGCUGUCAACCAAGAUAGCCUAGGCGUCCAGGGAAAGAAGGUGCAAUCCGACGGUGGUUUGGAGGUAUGGGCCGGCCCGCUCAGCGGCAACAGAAAGGCGGUGGUUCUAUGGAACAGGCAGGGGUACCAGGCAACCAUCACCGCACACUGGUCAAACGUCGGGCUUCCGGGGUCCGCGUCCGUCACUGCUCGCGAUCUAUGGGCGCACUCGUCGUUCUCCGCUCAGGGGCAGCUAUCCGCGUCGGUGGCGCCUCAUGACUGCAAGAUGUACAUCCUGACACCAAAGUAACCGUAGGCGAAAGCAUAGCAAGUCGAUCGAUCUAGUUCAGGGGGAAGGGUUUGCAAGGAAGGAUCGAUAGAGCUGAGACGAGGUGAAUUGAGGAAUGGGGCUUGGUUAUAUGGCCUUAGAAAUAAGCUGCAACUGUAUGUAAAGUGCCGUGAAAAUGUCGGCGGCGCGUGUGUUUCUGAACUUUGCAAGUUGUAACGAAAGUUGCAGCAAUAAAAAUGGGUUUUCGUA